UGUCUUCAUUCGGCAGUGUCUAACGUGAAAAUCAAAGUUUUAACCCAUAAUAUAUUUUUACAGAAAAUGCAAAAUGGCUUGUUUAAACAGGAGUAGUAAUACUAGUACCAUUCCUUCCAAUAUAAUCUCCUCAUGGACGCUGUUGUUACUGCUGUUGCUGCUUCUUCGACUUCAAGGUUUCGGUUCCCUGCUGAUGACGAUUCAAGCGAUGAUCAUUCCGCUGUUGACUUUUCGUCCGUCUCCAGUGAAUUUGAUGCUGAUACACAGCUCCACUCCAUGACUGCUAAGGGAAUUACUCACCUUUGUUCAGAACUCCUUGAGUUGAAAAGAGAGUCUGAGGAAGAUUUUCAGAAAAUCAUCGUCACAAGUUAUUCAGCAUUUAUUGGGAUAUUUGAAGGGACAAAAAAUCUAGAGAGUGACUUAUUGCAACUGAAGUAUCAGGUUGCAAAGCAGAGAGGGCUCAUAAAAGACCUUACAAAUGGUGUUUUUCUAAAGUUUCUUGCAGAGGAGAGGAUAGAAUCAAAUCUUGAAGACAGUUUACCAGAUUAUAUAUCUUUGUGCAGCAUUAUUGAUGCUCACACAACCGAGAUUUCUGAAAUUCUGGAUGAUCUUCUUUCGGAACAUAAAUUGGAUGAAGCUAUUUCUUUCUUGGAGAAGGAAGCUGAGUUCUUCAAAGAUCGCCAGAUGAUGGAGAACCCUUUAACGGAUGAACUGAUGUGCUAUAACUCUAAAAUAUCAGAGAAGACAUCCAUGAUUGCAGAUCAGUUGACACUAGUAGCUAAAAAUCCUCGCAUUUCUGCACCUGAACUGCAGAAAGCAUUGGUUGGACUCCGUAGAAUUGGUGAAAGUGAUCUUGCAACUCAAUUGUUGCUUAAGUAUUAUCAUUCACGUAUUGCAGCUGUCACACAUGGUUUGUUUUUUUUGAAGUCCUAUACACGUGAAGUAUAUCUCCGAGAAGUCUCGAAGUUUUUAUUUUCCAUGAUCUCCCAAGCAGUUAAAAGUUUCACCCUCUUGCAUGGCGAGAAUUCUCCUUAUGAGUCGGAAUUACAUCGAUGGGUAAUGGAACAAUCUGCAAUUUUUUCAGUCUGUUUCAAUAAUUAUGUUAUAUCCAUGGUAGAGCCAAGUACUGGCCUAUCAACUGCAGUGGAGGCUGUACAAUCCACAAUGGCUUAUUGCUCUUUGUUAGAGGCACAGGGAAUUGAAUUGCAAUCAUAUUUUAUAGAGAAUCUCCGUCCCUGCAUACGAGAGGUCUUCCAGAUCCAUAUACAACACUUUAAGAAAGUGAUCGGUAUCUUCGCCUCAUCUGAGACUUGGGUUCUGGGAAAAUAUUUAGUAUCAGGAAUUCUAUCUCCUGAUAGUUUUUCCACCAGCAGUGGCCAGCUGUCAGAAUAUUGUCUGCUUGCCAACAGUGGUCGGAAGUUCAUAACACUAAAUCAGGCUAUACUUGAAGAAGUUUUUCCUCUAAUCCAACUACAUAUGGAAGGCUUAAUUCUGAGAGGCCUUCUGGAUCUUUUUGCAGAGUAUACUGGUAUUCUCGAAAGCGCACUUAUGAGUCAGUCUGAAGUUGAGGAAGUCGAUUCAAGAAUCAAUAUUGCUGAGUCAGUAGAACAACAAGUUUCUCUUUUAUCUAACUUAUCAAAACUCGCACAAAUCUUUUCCAAUAUGAUUAGGAGGGCGUUCAGUGACACCCACCACUUGCAGUUUGAGGUUGAUAACUAUGAGCUCUUCGUUAAUGAGAACUGUGGUCGUCUAAGAUCUCAAUUCUGCAAGCAGUUAAUUCUUAAAUCCUGUCCUCUUGAGAGUGGCCAUAGAUGUAGUCUUCCUCCAGAAUGUUACACUGAUUUAGAGCCCUCUGCUUCUUACAAGGAAUUGUAUUUCGCGUUAAGGAAUCUAAAAGAUCAUGCCGAUGGUGCUCUUAUUGAAAUGAAUUGGUUAAAGGAUCUAUUCAUUGAGCUGAUGGAGAUGAUGUUUGAUACAAUUUUGGAUAAAGAAGAAAUUUUGAAAAUCACUGAAGAGCAUUUUCCCAAUGAAUGUUGUGGCAAGUUUAUACAGCUUACUCUUGAUAUCCACUUUCUCCUUGAAAUUGCUAAAUGGGGAGGAUACUUAUCUGAUACCAUCAUGAAUGCCUAUUUGGAUUCUGAAUCUCGUAUGAAAUCCGUAUUCCUCUCUGCUGGAAUGGAUCUUGAAAGGCACAUGAUCUAUGUCGGAUGGGCGACAAAGAAUGCUAUUGAAACCUUGCAGAGAUUGCAUGAACUUGAUAAAACGGAAAUGCUUAGCAGUGAGUUAAUUGAUAAUACUGAAGAAGAAACAGGAACAUCUGCUGAAUCGUUUGGGAGCAUUGAUUCUACCAAAUCAGAAGAGGUGCCAAGGCCCCUGGCUCACGCACUAGAGGUUGCAGGUUGUAUCAAGACCGGGGAUAUAGUUAUUGUACCUAAGGAAGGUGAUGCUAGUGUUGAAGAACAAAAUGGCUUUCAUGAUAGUAAUAUCGUUGUUGAAGCGAAACGGACUUGUGUUGAAGUCGAAGGAAACCAAAGCGAUCCAUAGAACUCUGAAAAGGCAAUUGGAAAUGUCAUCAAUUGAUAUGGAGAUAUCUUCAGUGGCACAAAACUAGCAGCCCAUACAUAUAUUCUGCAGAUACAUGAGAAGUGAGGUAGUUAAGACUUAACUUAAGACGGACUAAACAAUUUUAUGACUCUGAAUUCAAUCCUCUCGUCUCUCUCAUUGAGAGGGGGACAAAAGAGGACAAUAGUAGAGUUACAAUUUCAGUCCAUAUUUGUAAAAUUAGUCCAUUUAAUCCCUA